UUUCAACUGUCUGAUGUACCAUUAUAAUUCUUCACGACAGACAGGCAACAGACAUGUCUUCUGAAAACCCUGCACCGACAGCAACCAUGUUGAAUGAAGAUGAAUCUUCCUCAAGUACAACCUAUCAAAAGGGAAUUUCACCCAUAAAACCCCAGUAUAUUCGCCCCAAAGCAGCGGCAGUUCAGCAGGAGGAAACCAUAGCUUCCUUAAGUGAAACGGUCGAGAAAGAAGGCGAUGAGGGACGAACUGGAGAGGGUGACAAUAAUAGCUUAAAAGAAGACGAGGAUACUAAGAAUGAUAAUAACAAGCGAAGCCGUAAAGAUAAGCAUGUCAAGAAUAAUAAGAAGAAGCGUGGAGGGCAAACUCAGGAUCGAGUUGUUACACGUCGCAUCGAAGAUGAGGUUCAGAUCUGCUUUAAAGUUGCAAGAGGCGAGGAAUGCGAUAAAGGCGAUAGCUGCAAGUUUAAUCAUAAUGUUCAAAAGUAUCUGGAAGCAAAAGGGAAGGAUCUAGGUGACCGUUGCCCUAACUAUGAACUGACUGGAGACUGUCACUACGGAUAUAAAUGCAGAUAUUUGAGCGCUCAUCUAGACGCAGACGGGAAACUUAUUAAGGAUAAAGAAAAAAUCGCUAAAUAUGAACCCCAGUCUCUCAAUGUCUUCACUCAUGAUCUUACUCUUAAGCUCCGAUCUUUCAACUUCGAUUUUUCACGAUCAGAGGCAUAUGUCAAGAAAAUGGCAGAGGAGAUUGCACAAAAUGCGCCAAAUAAGUCUGAAGAGCAAAUAGUAGAUAAAAUUAGUAGCAAUGAGACGCUGUCCCCGUCCAACACAGCUACUAAAGAAACAGAGACGAUUAUAUCGGAUCAGGAUUUAGAUUUGGAAGGCAGAAAUAUCAAGAGUAUUACAACAUCAACUGCUAUAGAUGGUCCUACACUUGCCGACACGCCUGAUGUUCCAUUACGCCCAUGCGAGAAGAAGAAGAUCGAUUUUAGGGGCAAGACAUACUUGGCACCUCUCACUACGGUUGGAAACCUACCUUUUCGACGCAUUUGCAAAGAAUAUGGUGUUGACAUCACGUGUGGCGAGAUGGCCAUGGCUUCAAAUCUAGUACAGGGACAAAAGGGAGAGCUGGCUCUUUUGAGAAGACACAAAAGCGAAGACAUUUUUGGCGUGCAGUUGACUGGUAACAAGGUCGAUGUUGUUGUUAGAGCCUGUGAUAUGAUCAACCAGGUGGCUAAUGUAGACUUUGUUGAUUUGAACAUGGGGUGCCCGAUCGACCUUGUUUACAACAAUGGCUCUGGAAGUGGACUACUAAACUCUCCCAAUAAGAUCAAGAGAAUGAUCAAGGGAAUGAAGACAGUACUGGAUGUUCCUGUCACAGUCAAAUUUAGGAUGGCUGUACAUGACAAGAAGCCAAUUGGCGAAACUAUGACAUCUCUUUUCUAUGAUUUUGGAGCGGCUCUUGGUACUCUUCAUGGCCGCUCACGACAACAACGGUACACCAAGUUAGCUGAUUGGGACUAUAUUAGCCAAUGUACUAAAAUCAAUCGUGGAUCUCUAGGUGCAGAUGAUUAUAUGCCACUCUUUGGCAAUGGAGAUAUCCUCGGACCCUCAGAUUACUAUCGUCAUAUGAAGGAGCACAAUGUGGACGGAUGCAUGAUUGCACGUGGUGCAUUGAUGAAGCCCUGGAUCUUUGAGGAGAUAAAGUCAAACCGCGACUGGGACAUUUCUUCUGGCGAGCGCUUCGAUAUGAUGAAGAGAUUUUGUAAUUAUGGGCUAGAACACUGGGGUUCCGAUACUCAAGGCGUUAACCAAACCCGUCGUUUUUUGUUAGAGUGGCAAAGCUUUUUGCAUCGCUAUGUCCCAGUUGGCCUGCUUGAGGUCCUUCCGCAAAAGAUGAAUGAUCGGCCGCCUCUUUUCUUUGGACGUAAUGACCUUGAGACACUGAUGGCUUCUCCUGAUGUCAAGGACUGGAUUAAGCUGAGUGAAAUGAUUUUAGGGCCAGCUCCUGAGGCAUUCCGCUUUGAUCCUAAACACAAGGCCAACUCUACUUCCGUUGAAGGAUGAAGACGAUUGAUUUUUCUUUUCUUUUUUUUUAAAAAAAAAAGUAAAAUAAAAAUUCAAAAAUGUCUAGUAUAGCUCG